AUGAAAGAUAAGCAAGAUAAGCAGGAGCAACAAAAACAAGCAAGAAACGACCGCCGCCCUUCCUCCGGUCCUCGCGAUCGAAAUAAAAUCGAGCUGUCCAACAACUGCACGAACUGCAGGGCCGCCUUAGCUGAAUGUUACAGGCUGCAGGGCACAAUACUACCCCGUCGGUCUAAUGCCUCUAUUUCAAAGCACAGUAUGCUAUUUGCUUUCGUGCUGGUCCUAUCGGUCGCAAUGUUCAAAUUAGUUGUAGGCGGACCGAUUCAAACCCCCAACAAGAAAGUUCGCUCGUAUGUACUGCCAAGUGCUGAUGACUUCGAGGAGUCAUUAACCGCACUUAUGCGUGUGCUUUUUAGCGCGGGCCAAGGUAAUAGACCAGGACCAAGUGAAUUGUUGUUAUUUCAUGUUUAUUCUGGGGGAGAUAUCUAUGACCGCCGAGAACUUUAUAGGUUGACCGUGUGUAAUAUAUGGGCUAAGUUGUCUUGCCGCGAGUUGGAAAAACUAGCGGAUAAUCCUGUCAAUUUCCUCAUUGUCAAGAGUUUACUUCGCCGCCUCAGUCUUAUAUAUACGGCAAAUCUGGAGAUUUUGGAUUUGUCGGUUGAUGUGUCCGAUGAAACUUGGUCUCUCUUUUCGAGGCUAAUGGGCCUUUUGGUUCCAACGUCUCUCCAUGUCAAAGAAAUAGCGCCAACUAGCUUCACUGCAAGGAAAUGUGCAGUCCCUUUUGUCAAUCAGCACCAAGAAUCCAAAUAUACAUGGAAAGUACAAAACAAAGAGAUUGCUCUGGCCACCUUCCAGGUCAUUACACCCAUGGCAGUUCAGCUCUUUUUAGAUCUGGAAGUGAUAAAGCAUACCCAGGUUUUCAGAAUUAUAUUCUAUCUGGAUUUUGAGCAUCUGUAUGGUGAGAAUCAGUUUAUUAAAGCAAUGGUCAAUGUGGAAUAUAAUAAAGCCACUCAAGCUCGCACCAAGACCACUCGAGACGUUCCUGCGCAUUUUUUAGCCGAUAUUAUGAGUCCUAAUUCUUAUCUCAUCCCGCGUCUUGAAGAACAAUUUAAGAGUAAGGCUGCCCCCUCACAAUCUUCUACUCCUGCUGAUUAUAAAGGGUAUUUUGUUUGUCUACACGUUUGCUUCCACUCUCUAUAUAAGUAUCAACGCCAGUUCGAGAAAGCUGAAGAGCAGCUAUCUACUGAUACCGAUGGUUCUGGUGAGUCGGGGCCAGCUGAUAGCAACAACUUCCGAUCUAAAGGUAAGAACAAGAAUAAGAACAAGAGUAAGGGUAAGGGUAAGAACAGAAAGAAAGGGAAUGUGUGUGGGAGAUCAAAACCCAAGAACAAGAACAAGAAUAAGAACAGAAACAAUGGUAAAAACAAAAACCUUAACCCAACUCCAUUAGACUAUCUGAAAGCGCUGGCCAAUCGCCAAACGACAUGGUGGGAUAUUACUAAUAUGGCCUACAACCCAAUUAAAUGGAAGUCCGAUAAAGGGCCAGCAACACUAACUGAGGAUCACUUCUUGCUGUUGGCCGAGGCGUUAGAAGCACUCGCUAACCUAGAAGCAGUAACCCAAUGCUACAACUUUAAUGGCUUUGAAAUAGAGGAGUUUCAACCUAACCCCCCAGCAGAUUGCUACAAAAUUACAAGCCUGCAUAUUAAAGAAUGCUCAUUGGUGUUUACUUUUAAGUUGCUUCAUAUAGUAUUGCCUAACGAUCAGCUUAGUAUUGGAUUCGACUAUCAAGUGAUGCCAGUGGACUUAUCCUUCUUCCUUGCCGAGAUAAAGACUAUUCCUCGGCACAAGUGUGUGUGUAUAUCUGGCGUUGGUCUGCUUCUGAAGAAUUCUGAGAUGACAUAUGAUCAAGCGGUAAACUAUGUUGAUGAGCUUAGUACAGCUUUGGACAGGCCAUGUAUAUUUGUCCCAUCCGAUACGAGCACUUUGAAUAUAUUGACGGCGACUCGUCUUCUGGCCUGGGGCAAUCGGGACUACUGCGCUAGUCUUGAUAAGGAUAUCGCAUCUACUUCCGCCAAACCUCCCAAAUACUUCUUUGGUCAUGCUAUCUUAAGCCAUAAUCUAUUCACUGUAGAAGUUAGCUCUAUUAAGAUUGACCAAAAGAUGAUUGAUGAGGUUGAGGCAAUCUAUAAGACCAUCAAAGAAGCCCCUCAUAUCCCUUCCCAAUCCCUUACUGCCCAGCUUAUAGUUUCGUUGGAUGAUUUCAGAAAUCAAAUGGUGCUUGAUCUUAUUCUAGUUUUUAUUGAUGUUUUGUGUCGUGUACGUUAUCGCUUCAAGGUCUUAUAUAUAUUAAACCCACCAACCACCUUAGACAUAGCCAAGCAAUUUAUUCGCAGCCUAUCUCAACGACAGAUUAUGUUCUUUAGCUUCGAUGACCAGUCUUUUCCUGCAGACACUUGGCAUCUCACAGUUUUGGUGGCAAUUCCUACAAUGUCUUUGUCCCUGUCUUAUAUAUUUGUCCGAGGUUUUACCCCACCUGCUGAUGCCCCCGACCCUCUAUUGAUCAUGCCCAAUCCCGGGUGUCUUUUCUGGAAAGAGGUGCCGCCCUUCCCCGAAGCACAAAGCGCCUAG